AUGUCACUAUCAGGUCUCGUUAUUGCCAUCACGGGUGGUGGUGGUGGGAUCGGCCUGGCGACCGCGAAGCUCGUGGCCGAGCGCGGCGGCGUCCCCUGUCUCUCAGAUAUCUCGUCCGAUAGCCUCGCCGAGGCAGAGGCAUACUUCAAGGAGCACAAGUACAACUUCUUGGCACACAAAGUCGAUGUUUCCGACCGUGGCGAGGUUGAGAGCUGGCUGGAUGACAUCGUGGCGCACUUCGGUCGACUCGACGGUGCUGCCAACAUCGCUGGUGUGAUUGGUAGAGAUCAUGGCGUUAAGGCGGUGUCUGAGCUCGACGAUGGUGAAUGGAACAAGAUCAUGGCCGUCAACCUCACAGGCACCAUGUUCUGCCUUCGCAAGCAGCUGCAGCUCAUAGUUGAUGGAGGUUCUAUCGUGAACGUGUCCUCAAUUCACGGAUUGACCGGCGAGUUCUUUCCACGUAUCGCAAAUCAUGGCGCAUAUGCGGCAAGUAAACACGGCGUCAUUGGACUGACCAAAGCGGCUGCCAAGGAGAAUGGAAAGCGAGAGGUGAGGGUCAACGCUGUUGCUCCCGGCUCGAUUGACACCCCGAUGAUGCGAGGCUGGUGGUCUGCAAACGACAGGCCGGCCGAUGCAGAGUUCUCGGACCCAACAGCCUUUCGGCGACUUGGAACGGCAGACGAGGUCGCGAAGCUCAUCGCUUUUCUUCUAGGGCCCGACAGCACUUUCACCACGGGGGCAGUGUACUCAGUAGACGGCGGGUGGCUCUGA